AUGAGCUCCUCCACCAACCAACAUCUCCCCACAACCUCCUCAGAUCUACCCUCCCAGCAAACAGCGACUGCCCCCCACCUUGACCCGAAUGCGCAACUGGCCAACAACGGAUAUGCACCCAAUGACAACCAGCUCGCGGGAUUAGUCGAGGCAGCCACAGCCGCCGCAGACCAAGAUGUCUCGCAAUGGGCUGCUGCUGCCGCAGUCGCUGCAGCAGCCGGUGCAGCCGGCCAUCACCACCAGCUGGAUUCAUACACAGACAUGGAUCUCUCCGAGAACGGGUUCGGCGACGCGAACUUCGGAACUGGCAUGAGCAGUGGAAGACACAUGAGAGUACCUAGUCACACCGACCAUUCCCAAUCCUCGGGGCUCACACGAACGGCGACGAAAAAGCGCAAGCGAAAUGACGAUAAUCUCGACCCAGCCUUGGCUGGCGCGGGUCUCUCUGCCGCGCAGCAUCAGUCGCAUUCCGCACAGCAAACGCCCCAUGGCUAUACCGGAGACGGUAUGGACAUUCGCCCCGAGCAGCAGCAGUCCCUGUCAGAUGCUCGUGCGGUGGGUAUUCAUUCUGCGGCGGCGCUGUUCCGCCAGCCUUCUGGCAAUAAGAAGUACACCCGGCCUCCCAUCUCAAAGAUGUUUUCGUCCCUUGAGAUCUCCCCGGAGAACUUUUUGCAUCUCCAGGCUGCUGCCAAGAAUUACAUGCUGAACGAUGAACACCCUGAAAGGCGGGAUUGUGUUGGUCAGCGUGGAAAGGGAGAUACGGAAAUGGUCAAGCUUCGCCUUUGGAACUGUGUUCGUCAAUUCCUCGAAGCCGAGGGAAAUGGUGAACGGUUUUUCGGGGAGAAUGUCGUUAAUGAGGGCAUGGGCCCGAGAGCCUACAUCUGGCCGCGUGACCAACACAAGAUCAUCUCAUUGGUCAUUCCUUUGCUCAGACGGAUGGUCACCAACGAAAGGCAACGCCAAUACGCAAUUGAGACCCGCAAAGGAGGUGGUGCUGAAGAACGCCGCCGCCGUAAAACGGAAGAUUUCUCGAAUCUGAAUAGCCCGCGCUUCUCUCCAGAACAGCAUCUCCAAAUUCAAAAUCAGACGUCCCAUCGCGAUGAUCUGUCACAGUCAAUGCCCCCUCCUCCACAGCCGAUGCAGCAAUCAGCAAUGGAUCCGUCCCAGCCUGUGGACAUCGGUCUGACCGACCUCCUCCUAGAUGGAUACACAGUCGACUGGGAAGAGAUCGGCCGAUGCUAUGAUACGUACAAUGAGAACUUCGAGCUCGAUAACCUAUGGUCCCUCUCCGGUCUCCAGCAACCCGAUUGGCGUGGACUCGUCGCCGCAGUCGACAGCCAUUACCAAGUCGUCCACAACGGAAACUCCGACUGCCCACCGGGCUGUGAAGACCACAAUAUCAACCGCAUCAUCCAUGCGGACACCGCCUCAGGUCUCCAAUGGCGCAUUGGCGGAGGCCGCAACCUCCCAGCCCGAGACGAAUUCGCAAGCAGCAUCACCCGCGACGUGUCUCGCAUUAUCCGCGAGAACAUCGCCUCCCGACAAGGCCAUCCUGCCCAAGCACCCGACCCCCACUUCCACCAACCCUUCACUCCUCUCCCAGAAUCUACGCCAACGGCCAACACAACCACCCCCUGUCAGAGCCAAGGCCAAACCUCCCUCCGCGUCAAUAUCCUGCAAAACGGAAAGCGCAUCCUCCCCAGAUUCGACCUGCCGGCGGGCCAGUGCCCCAACAUCGACACGGUCAAGCAGGCAAUUCUCCGUCGAUACCCGGGCCAAAUCCCCGGUUUGCAGACAUUCCCGGGCGCCAACGCUACUGCGCAUGAAGCUCGCGAGUCUGCUGUUGUGGAUGGGUGGAAGGUCAAGGUCUGGUUGCCGGAUGGACUGCUACCUGUGCAGAGCCAGAAGGAUUGGACUAUUGCUGUGCUUUCGGCUGAUGCUGUUGAUUGGAUGGAUGGGGAGUUGAAGAUUCUUGUUGAGGUUGAUGAAGGGGAUGGGCAGUAG